UCUCAGGACUGAGCUCCAGUCCCAAAUGGUCCCUCUUCCAGCAGCCAAAGCUGCUGGCAUAGCCCAGCGCUGUCAGGCCCAGCACCCUCCAACCCUGCAGAUGAUCAAGGAGGCGCUGCGGGCCCACGAUGAGAAGAAGGGUGCCUCUGUUGUUGCCAUCAAGCGUUUCAUCCUGGCCAAGUACCCCACAGUGGAUCCCAUCCGCCUCAAGUACAUGCUGAAGCAGGCGCUGAGUAAGGGGCUGAGCUGUGGGGACCUGGUGCGGCCCCACAACUCUUCUGCUGUGGGGGCCACUGGCACAUUCAAGUUAGCACUCAAGAAAUCACGGCACAAGCAGCAGCCGGGCCAGGCAGAUCCUGACAGAGGACAGACCCCAAAGCCAGGACAGAAAGGGACCACCAAGGCCCCCCAGGCCCCCGUGGCAGGAGCACGACAACGAGGUGCCACCAAGCAGCAGCCAACAGCCACCAAGCAGCAGCUGAAGGCAAAGCCCGUGAAGGCCCAGCCACGAGCAGCAGAGAAGCCCAGGGCUGACAGAGCGAAGCAUCCCCAGACUGCUGGCCGCUCCAGGGCUCAUGGCCCAGGGCCUUCAGGGCCCCCCAGAGCUGGCAGCCACCGCCAGGGCCCCCAGAAAGGACACUCGGGAGCCAGCACAGCUCGGGCUGCCGAGAAUGCAGGAGGGACUGAUAGCGACAGUUCUGCAAGUGCUGGGGCAAAGGGGCCCCAAAAGGCCCCCAAGGGAAAGAGCAAGGGAAAGGUGCCCAAGGGGGCACAGCAGGAUGCUCCCAAGGCACAGGGAGGUCAAGAUCAGGCAAAGAAGCCCCGGGUGACUCCAGGAGCUGGGCAAGGGAAGGCCAGGCUGAAGAAGGCAGCCCCCGUGGCAGCAGACAGAAAGGCCCCAUAGGGAGCUUAUUACUGCUUCAGCUGGCCUCAGGCCCUUGGGGUCUGGACUGCUUUCAGUCCCCAGGACAGGUUUUAACUCUAUGUUCACCUUAUCCUAAUAAAGCUUCUUCACUUGCCUCAUGGAAUGGCAUGACUGUUGUGGUCCCUGUCCCUGUGCUUCCAUCUCUCUGCCAAAAUCUGCAGGGCAUGGUGGUGAGCUGAUGCUGCAGGUGGCUGCCUUGCUGCCUGCCCUCAUGGAGAGGUGUUCUCUCUGUCCACGUGUCCCAGCUGUGGUGCCAAGGGGCCACUGGGUUUGGGGGCUGUGUGUGUGCAGGCUGACUGUGCCAGGUGACGGGCAGGGACCCCAAGACCCAUGGGACACAGCAUGGUGGCAUCGCCAUCAGGAACAGAGAAGCUCAGGCAUGGUCAGUGCUGUUGUGGAACCAUGGUGCCCACAGCCUGUGUGAGGGGUCCAGCCCUCUGCUGUCCUGGCUGCCCUUGUGCUAAUGCCUGGCUGACCUGGGAUUACAGGAGCAGCAGGGUGGCAGGUCUGAGUUCAUGCCAUGGGCAGAUGUCCGCCAGCAGAGGUGAAGCAGCCUGUGCUGUAACUGUAGUAAGAGGAAGACAGAGGUGUCUUAGGGCUCAAAAACCAAGUUUGGGCUGUUACUGUAGCCUCCAGCACAGCUUGUGCUCUUAUUACUGGUCUAUGGCACAGUUACCACCUACAAAUUUAUGAGCUCCUCUGGGUCAGUGCAUCACACUUCCAUUUAAUAGCUUCAAUUGCCUGAAUUUCUCUUGCUAAGCCCAGAGCAGGGCCUUUCUGAAGGUCAUGCUGAUCAUGUAAUGGGUUAAAGUCUUCCUGGGUGGGAGAAAGUAAGUGGAAGUAAAAUUCUUUCUAAAGAGGAUUUUGUUAAUCUGCAGCUGGCCUUGCCACUGCCCUCCACGGCUCCUGGCCUUGCUCUGGGGCUUAAGCAAGAGCUGAGCAAACCAGCUUCUCUUAAACUUCAGCCUUGACUAUGUUGAUCCAUCUUUAAAGGAACUGGAACUCGUGUGCCCCCAGGGACAGGGUAGGGAAUGUGGUAGCAGUGACUGAGCAGAGUUCAUUGGAUUCUCAGAUGGGGGUGGCCUCAGAGCAGCACUCAGCCAUGUGGCAAUGUCCCCAACAGCAGCAGGCAGGGGCUGUGUCCUCCCUCUCACCAGCCACCAGGUGUGAAAUGCAAAGCUCUCUUGCUUUGAGAAAGGCCAAAUAACUUAAUGGCUGGAUUUAGCUUUGCAAAGAAUCGACUUCCUAGUGGAAGAAGAAAAUCCCUCUGGCGUCUGGAAAGCACUGCUUUUACUGGGGGAGGGGAAAGAUUUAGCUGUGCCGUGGUUGUUACGGGCCCUGGUGUUGGGGUGCAGGGAGGCACCUGACAGAAGUGAGGGUGCCUGGCUGCAGCUGUUUCUGUGGGGCUACUGAUCUUCAUGUGCCAACUGUCCCUCCUGUGCCUGGCCCGGGAAGGAAGGGUGGCACUGGCUGUGGGAGUGGUGUGGAGAGCCCCAAGGAGUACAAACCUGCUCUCACUGGGCUGCUGACCCCAAACAUGGCUCACCUUGCAUGUGCAAAACUUGUCUGUGCAGGUGUCUUCCACGUGUGUCCCCCCCGUGUGCUUGGCAGGAACUCACUCCAUAGGUUCAGCACCUUGUUUUAUUACAAAGAUAGGCUUUGCCAGGAGUCUGCCACUUCCACUACACAGCAGGUAAGGGCACUACAUCCACAACACAUCUUACAAAGGGCUCGGAGGUUCAAGGCAACACUACAAACCCUCUGCUAAAGUUGUUCCUUUAAAUGGUUGUAGCAACUACUUUUUCUCUUUUUUUUUUUUCUUUUUUUUUUUUGUCUUUGGAAAAGAAAUUAAAUAAUAAGACAAUAGCCCCAAUACACGGCCCAGCCACAGCACCUGGAGGCAAACUCUACUUACUCUUGGCUCACCUGUAUCCUUUCCCUGUAACAAACAACAUGGGGCUAUAGCUCCAUGGCCCUUUCCCUGCCUCCAGCCAAGCUCAACAUUCUCUGCUACCUUGG